AUGCCCGCAAAGCGCAAAGCGCCAACGGCCGCCUCCGCCGACCCGCCACGCCCGCGCGCCUCAAAGCUCGCCAAGGAGCACAACAUCUCGGCGCAAGAAGAGCGCGAGAUCCGCGAGGCCUUCUCCCUCUUCGCGGAGCCGAUGCGCGGUUACGGCAAGGAGGGCGUCAUCCCGACGUCGGACGUGCGGUCGGCGCUCGUGGCGCUGGGGAUCCCGCCGGCCUCGCGCGCCGAGCAGGCCGAGUUCGUCGAGAUCCUGGACCCGGAGGGCGAGGGGUUCGUCGGGUACGAGCCCUUCUUCGCCAUCUGCGCGCUCAAGUACCACCAGCGGGAGACCAGCGGGGCCGGCGGCGAGGAGAGGAGACGGGAGGUCGAGGAGGCGUUCCGGCUGUUCACCGGCGUGGGGAGCUCGAGCGGAGGGCGGGACGUGAUUUCGCUGGCGGAUUUGAAGAGGGUUGCUGGCGUGCUGAGGGAGGACGUCAAGGAUGAGGUGUUGAGGGACAUGAUUCUCGAGGCCAACUGCGGCGCGGGGGUUGGGAGGGGCGUGAGGAGAGAGGAGUUUGAGGAGGUGAUGCGCCGGGCUGGGGUCUGGCGGUGA